GCCCUCUGCCGAGGGAAGGACCCCUCUGCUCCUGGGCCAGGGAAACAUGUCCCGUCGGAAACAGACCACUCCUAAUAAAGUUCAUUUGAACAAGAUCUUCUAUUUCUGCAAUAUCUGAUUCUGUCACCAUGUCUCAGAGGAGACCGUCAUAUGAACAUGCUGCCAGCCGGUAUGAAGCUAAUAUACAGGCUCUGGUAUCCAUCUAGGGAGAGGCGCUCUGGUACCAAUUGAACUUCUUCACACACAACACGUUAAUGUAUGACCAGGUAUCUGAGCAGCUGUUUGACGUGGGCAUCACCAGGAGAAGCAAGUGGUGCCACAAGAAGAAAAAGGGACUGAAACGCCUAUGCAACAUGACCCAGGACAAUAACAGUCUCUCCAGCUCAGGAUGGAAAACUGACCCCUUUUAUAAUGAGCAGUACUGAACUGUCGGGACUCCCCCAUCCACCCAGCCUGCGGAGAGCCCAGGAGUGCCAUGCAGAGCACUUGUGACGGACGAGGAGCAUCAGCUCCAAGAACUGGGUGAACUGUCGGUAUGAGGAGUCAGAAUGGGAGACAACAGGCAUAUUACUGGGAUCUCUUCCUGGGGACGGAGAUAGUUUGGGAGGAGGAGGAAUUGGGCCACAGUGCCCUUACAGCCAUAUGGACAUGCCUGAACAGGGAUGGGCAGGUGCAUUAGCUCCCCAGUGAGCAAGUUUCAGGUCCUGGAAAAGGAAGUGUGGAGAAGACCUGUGUGAACAGGGACUUUGGUCCCUCCUUGAACUUGUCCAAGUAUUUAGAGGCUCCUCUCAGAACUCGUGUAGGCUGAGCCGGACAGGGGACUUAUGGGAGCAAGUCUUCGCAGGGCUGGAGGAGCAAGCCCGCCAGGCCAUGAUGAAAAGUGACUUUACUGGAGCCUUUGGAGACCAGCGGCCAACAAUUCACCAGCUGCAGGAUCAGGACUCCAGCAGCAGUGACAGUGAGGGUGAGGAAGAGGAGACCACGCAGGAUGAAGUCUCUUCUCACACUUCUGAGGAGGAUGGCACGAUGGUGAAAGUGAAAAAGGAAUUAGAAAAUGCAGAGCAGCCUGUAGCUGGAAACCAGCGGAUUGGAGAAAAUGAGGUGACUGAGGAUUUGAGUACAGCGCCCAUGCUGGGACUGUCGCAGUGCCCACUCUGCCAGCUGGAAUGUGGGAGCAGAGAGCAGGUCAUUGCUCACGUGUACCAGCACACUGCAGCUGUGGUCAGCGCCAAGAGCUAUAUGUGUCCGGUGUGUGGCAGAGCCCUCAGCUCCCCAGGGUCUCUGGGGCGACACCUCCUGAUCCACUCAGAGGAUCAACUGUCAAACUGUGCAGUGUGUGGGGCACGCUUCACCAGCCAUGCCACAUUCAACAGUGAGAAACUGCCAGAAGUGCUUAGUGCAGAUUCCUUGUCCACCCUGCACAGCGAGGGCCCUUCUGGUGCUGAGGAGAAGGACAUUGCCUUUAACACCCCUGUGUAUCCUGCGGGCAUCCUCCUAGUGUGCAACAACUGUGCUGCCUAUCGCAAACUGCUGGAGGCACAGGCUCCUGGCGUGCGCAAGUGGGCGCUUCGUCGGCAGAACGAGCCACUAGAAGUGCGGCUUCAGCGCCUGGAGCGGGAGCGCACGGCCAAGAAGAGCCGGCGGGACAAUGAGACGCCAGAGGAGCGGGAGGUGAGGCGCAUGCGGGACCGAGAGGCUAAACGCCUGCAGCGCAUGCAAGAGACAGAUGAACAGCGGGCGAGGCGGCUACAGAGGGACCGGGAGGCCAUGAGACUGAAACGUGCUAAUGAGACCCCGGAGAAGCGGCAGGCUCGGCUCAUCCGGGAGCGCGAGGCCAAGAGGCUCAAGCGGCGCCUAGAGAAAAUGGACAUGAUGCUUCGGGCCCAGUUUGGCCAGGACCCCUCUGCUGUGGCUGCUUUGGCAGCCGAGAUGAACUUCUUCCAGCUGCCAGUGAGCAAUGUGGAGCUGGAAGGCCAACUGCUGGGCAAGAUGGCCUUCGAGGAGCAGAGCAACAGCACGCUGCAUUGAGCUGCAGCCCAACCACCACCAUGGCUCCACGUGGCCCACUGGACGCCAGCAGCCUGGCCUCUGCCGCUCCCUAGUGGGAUGCUCACAUAUGGCACCUAUCUGACCCUUCCCGCCCCCACUUCUCCCACAACAGGCAGAUCUAGGCUGCUCCUGCACAUGGGAAUGGAGCUGGGAGGCGUCUGCUCAGGCAGCACUGGUGAGAGUGGGCUGUUGGGAUACAGUCUGCUCCAGUGGCCGAGCCACAGCCGAUGAACAGAGGGAAAAUAAAUUAAUUUUUUGUG